AUGAUAAGGGGCAUACUAAUCUCACUAAUCCUAAUCACGGUGGUGAGGAGGGAAAUUUUGUACACGAACUACUGCACCUACCUAUGGGUGUUCCUAACGCUUCUGUACAGUGUGGUGGUUGUCCUUCUCAUGGCACACUGGAAGAAAGAAAGUAAAGCCAAGUGCAAGAUAAAAAAGGGGGGAUUUUUUUCUCCAGGAAUGGAAGAUGAAACAAGUCCACAUAGAGGUGGCAACCUACUUAGCAGCCACACCCUUACCAUCGGGGCGUAUCACCACAGGGAAAAGAUGCCACCAGGGUUGCUGAAGAAAAAAGUGGAUCCCAUAUUUUUGCGUCUGUACGAGAAGGGGGUUAUUAGCACGUGGAAAUUGUUCCUUCAGAUAUAUGGCGACAACUUUUUCCCGUUGUUUUUUUUCCCCUUCCUCUCCACCCUUCUGGUUUUUAAAUUUGAUAUUUUAAACUUUGGCGCGGCGAAGCUGUCACUCGUCCUCGUGAACGAGUUUCUCCUCGGCAGUGUCUUCCUGCGAUAUGUGCGGGUGAAUGCCUGCUCCUACCUCCUCUUCCACGCCCUCCUCUUUAUGGCAACGCUCGGAGCAAUGCGAAUUCAAGAGAGCUUCGCCACCUGUUUUCUCUGUUUUUCACUCAACUUUGUCUUUUAUCACAUGAUAGCCAUAGGGGCCUUUCGGCUGACGGAUGGGGUGUUUUCCUUCCUGGAGGGGGCGACAGUGAGCGUAGCGGGGACCCUUCUCCUGGACGCUUACGCAUAUGGCCUUUUCCAUGCGCACCUGGAUGGGGGCGUUGUCCCUAGUGUGUUGUCCGUGUUCCUCAGUGGGGUGGCCCUCAGUUUGACUGUCUACGCCGCGUGCUGCGUUUACCUACUGCAACAGGCAAAGAGCCAGAAGGGGAAACUCAUCAUCGCCUCGGUGAUGUUCCUUCUUUAUAACAUUCUAAACCUCGGCGCCAGACGAUACGACUUCGUGAGUGAAUCGGAGACAAGCGCGAUGCAGAAUUUAGUCGACCUCCUGUACCACCAACAGAAUUACCUUUUAUUUUUUGGAUGGCUCAUUAUCACACUUCUGUACAUAUUUUACAUUGCCAAGAUGGUGAAGAGAAACGGGAACCUGUCUUAUCUAAGGAAGCACUACCAUUUCCUACUGUUUGUGAAUGCACAAUUGUCUUUCCUCUUAGGGAAGGUGGAGCUCCUCGUGGUGAUCCUCUCUUUCGCUUUUCUCCUGCUACUCUUCCUGGAAGUUGCUCGAAAAAUCGGCCAAGCGCUGUCGCCGGAUCGCAACAUGCUUCAUAAGUUCAUGACCAGUUUCAUUGACGAUAGAGAUAGGAGGGGCCUGGUUGUUACGCACAUUUACCUCUUGGCUGGGGUGUACAUACCAAUCGUCGCGGACGUAUUAUUGAACAGCAGGAACUACCUGCGCAAGGGAACCCGAAGUGUCUUCAUCUUCCGGGACGCCGAUCUGAUUCUCCACAGUUCGGGGCUUAAUGCCAUAUGCAUAGGCGACUCAUUUGCCGCCAUCGGGGGGCUUCUGUUCCCCAUCCCGAAGAUUAAAAACACGAAUAACAAGUCGUACGCAGGAUUUCUCUUUUUUUUUUGUUCUACAUUUUUAUCGCUUCUGCUUGAGAGCUAUUUCGUUCAAAAAACGCCGUUGGCCAGUUUGACCGCUAUUUCUAUGGUGUCCCUCUUCGGUGCCCUAUUCGAGGCAUAUCUCCACGACAUAGAUAAUUUGAUACUACCCAUAUUCACCUUUUGUGUUUACUUGUGCUUCGAGAAGUGA